GUUCAUUUUCUUUGUAAUUGCCAUGUAGCUCCGGUGUGCAUCUCAUGUUUCUGUGUGUUCUUUCUAUUGUAGGCUGGUGGUUUCUCUUCCACACUGGUCAUUAGGCGGCCUUAGCUUGUAGUAGCAAGGGCACCAGGGCAGCACAUGAAACAAAACACAAAAGAAACCCUUCGAUGUUGUCCAAAAUGCGAAGCCGAUGAAGAAACCAGAUGAGCUUCCCCACCCAGAGCGCAUAGCCCACAGAGGGAGGGUCAAGGCACAGAUGCAAAGCCUGAUCCUGCUUUGGUUGGAAUGAUUGAUCAAGACAGAGGGGUUUGAAGUGGGCCACGAGCGUUUUGGCAGUGUGCAAGCAAGGCGACCCUUUUUGUUGGGGGUGUCGCAGCACUCAAAAUGAGCUUGGGGAUUGGCAAUUCUCCAGAGGGGUUUGGGUGAGGGGUUGGUGCACGGGUCAAAUGGCCUGUUUGCACGUUAUUUUCCAUGGGCAGCCUCUCAACUAGUCGUUUUGUCUGAGAUGACCGGUCGACGCCAGUGGUUUUUCUUUUCGCCAAUGCCUGGGAGUGAUGAACGCAACGCCAACAAAGGCCGCAAGAAGACACUCCUCCCAGCAGGACGACGUGGAUGCUGAAAGAACCUUUCACCGAGAGGAGGAUGACAAGGCAGAGCCAUCCAAACCUAACAGAAGGCCUUCCUCAGAGCAGGCAGAGCCAGCGAAGUCUGCUGGAAGACCCUCCUCACACCAGGCAGAAUGGGCACCUGGAGACAACUCUGAAAAGGCACGUAAGGCCCUUGCGGCGUUUCAGAGGCACGCUGAGGACGACGACUUUGCACAGGCUCUCCCGCCCGAAAUCAAGGACGAGCUACAGAGGUUCUUGGAGAUGGGCAGCUUUCAAAGCUUCAAGGCGUCCAUGGAGCUCCUUGUGGAAGGUGCCAGCAGCGCUUGCCGCUUGCACCGAGCUGCAUUGAGGGGAGCUGUGUCAGAUGCUGUGGAACAUGGCGGAAUCGAAAGGGUCCGCACCACUGUGAAGUGUUUGAGUGAUGAGUCGGAGGCCAGCGGCUGGCAAUCCAGCCUUUGCGAGAAACUGGCGUGCACAAUCCGGUGCUUUUUGGAGUUCCACUUUGGUCUUCCGGAGCAAAUGGCCUGCAAGCUCGAGGCAGCCGUGCGGCAUCGACCGCUCGCCGCUGACGAUGCCCGACAGUUGGAGGCCAUCAUUGGUGUUGGUCCACGAGCCGCUCUGGGUAUCGUCACAGAGGCUACCAUCCUGCCGAAGCUCUUCAAUGAGCUCAAGGCAGCCGGAAGAAGGUUUGAAGUAGCUGAGAAAGCUCAGGCAGAGCUGCUGCAAAUUCUAGGGCAAGUCCCUGGCGCGUCAGCUUCAUCGUCCUCUUCAUCGCUCAACUCGCCCGUGGGCAGACAGGAAGAGUCGGAAGCACGCAGUGCAAGCGCAAGCCCUUCAGAAGAUUGCUCUCCUCUCGGGCAAGGGCGCCUGGUGCGGAAGCGGCUGUCGCGGCCUGCACCUGUCGCCGCUGUUGACGUGGACCCUGCAGAUUCAGGCAAGGAGGGCGAGGAGGGCGAGGAGCCUCCACUGAAAGUUCCAAAGAGUUCAAGGCGUGGGCGGUGUUCCACUGCGAUGCGAGAGGAGCUUCUGCCUUUGAGCGUCCGUGACCUGAGGGCCAAGGCCAAAACACAUGGAGUGCCGUGUGCCAUCUUAGUGGGUUGCAUCGAAAAGGCCGACCUCGUCGAGGCGCUUGUGCAGCACCUCGGGACGUCGUGCUGAGCAAGAAAAGAUCGCACCAGAAACUCUUGGUGGGAUACAAAGGAUGCAUAUUUACAAAGGGAUGCGGAGAGACAGUCAAUGAUAUAUAGUAUGAUAUAGUCUUAAUUUGUGCAAAAAG